AUGUCGCUGUCAACGUCAGUAUCUCAGACUGCCAAGUCACUUCGACUACUUGAAAAUACCCGAGAAGCGGCCAAGUGGAUAUUGAAAAUGUCUGUGCAAAAAUUGGACAUGGGUAUGAAGUCAAAAAGGGGAUUGGAUUUGAGGCAGGGAUUGCUAAUUGUAUCCACGGCGCAUCGUGCUCGACAUGUCUUGCAAAAUCUGGCGGCCACAGCUCCACCACCACCUUCACAGCCGUCUUCCACAGACAAAACGGACACUCGACAUGAGUCCGUGGUGGGGCACGGUUCCUCACUUGAAAUGGAUGCAGAUGGCUCAGAUGAUGGUAAACUGACCGCGGUAGUCAUGGAUUUCAAUUCGCCGGAUAUAAUUUUCCCACAAACCAUGCCACGCUGUCUUCCUGAUGACCAACCAACCAGUGGCCCGGCUCAUUCACAUGAUCCUUCCAAUGCUGGUCAGUUGGAUUACAGCAUGUGUAUCGUGAGGUGGAUGCUACAAGUCAUGAUUCUACCUUUGUGUCUGGGAAAUAACAUUCAACGAUGCUGCAUGGAGUGGUUGGAGCCAUGCAAGUGUCCAGCAUUAUACAUCACCCCGGACAUGAGACGCUGCGGCUCUGAGGUGAUGCUCACAGAACUCAAUAUGCCCAUUAAAAGGUUCAAGGCAGCGAGAGACGUCAUUCUAAUGGCCGACUACUACUCCGUAAUAUUUCUGGCAAGUAGUCGGAAAUCCGGGAGCAUAGCAGGCGUCCGCUACCGCCUGUUAUACGCCAGGAUUAAUGUUCCUCGUGAUCAGUUUGUUGGAAUGCUGGAAGAAUCAGAGGAAAAUGGGAGCGUUAUUGCCGUGAGUUAUUUACUUUGCAAAUUAGGCAAACCACGUGCUCAAGCAGCACCAGUCACGUGGUUUCUCUCCAACCUGGACUACAACGCAAACACAAUUAUCGACGAACUGACGCCCUACAAGCUUGUGCAUGAUUCGUGCAAUUCCAACGCUCUGACGCGCCUCACCGCAUUCAUGGUGCCUCAGACGGAAUAUCGUGAGCAGCCAGUCGAGAUUGGUGAGCUCAAGGCCAAUCUGAGACGGGAGGACGUGGAAAAACUGUUUCCUGGUGAACCAGUCGCCGCCUCCAGCUACAUUCUGCGGCAUGUCCAGUCUGAGUACGACGGCAAAAGCAGCAAAGCCAGGGGACUCACAGUGGAGUGGAUUGCUCCGCUGGAAACGAAUGGAGUCGACAUCAUUGACGCCAACACAGGUGGUUACACCAUCAACAACCGCUUUCGCGAUUGGCUUCAGUCGAAUGAAGGAAAUUCAUAG